CUUGGACUGUUGGUUGUCAUAAGCUACAUCGUAUUCCACAGCCAUGUUUUGCAAGUCCACACUUCAUCUUCCUAAGACAGGAAAUUGUUUUUCCAGCCAGCAGAGAUGGUCAAAGACGAAACAGCUUUAUAUGGUGACCCUUGAUGAAAUAUAGCCGUAAAAAGAAUGAAAUCUGGUUUAAAUGAUUGCCUUAUGGUAUACAUUUAUUUGUAAAGUCUAAAGUCUAGUUUCGGAAAAUCUGAUGUGCUCUUGCACCUAUUUGUGGGCUUGCUAUAAAUAGGGUCCUGCUGGCAACACUUGCAUGUCUAUGAUAGGCGGCUACAGAUUUUCCUCACAGGCUCUGGCUCCAAAGCAACACUGACAACAUCUUAGUGGAGCUUUUACAUGGACAGCUUCGUUCAAUUUGAGCCUUGGAUGUGACUUUGGAGUAUUUUUCCCUAUCCUUUUUUACUGCUCUGUGAAUUAUACGCCUCUCUCGGAUUAUUUUGUAUUUUUUGUGAACUGUAUCAGUGGACAAUGACUUCCAGGAGGCCAAUGACUCGUUCUUUUUCUGGCAAUGGGAGAACCAGCAGCUUCAGCGAAGAGGAUGUCGGCUCUUCAAAUGGCCGUUCAGAAGGCCGCAGUACAUAUCUUUCAAACGUCCGGCCGGAAAACAGGAGCACGUUAUGCAGCGUCAUGGCUCAGCUGACUGAGGACAUUCAGCCAUCCUUUGAGACUACGCUGAAAUCAAAGGCAGUGUCAGAAAACUGUAAUGUGAAAUUCACCUGUGUGGUGUCAGGUCACCCGGCUCCUGAACUGAAAUGGUAUAAAGAUGACAUGGAAAUGGACCGCUACUGUGGCCUACCAAAAUAUGAAAUCCACCGCAAUGGAAAAACCCAUACCCUUCAUAUUUACAAUUGCACAUUGGAUGAUGCAGCCAUCUAUCAGGUCUCAGCCAGCAAUAGCAAAGGUAUUGUCUCCUGCUCUGGAGUUUUGGAGGUCGGUACCAUGAGUGAGUACAAGAUCCACCAGCGGUUCUUUGCCAAGCUAAAACAAAAGGCAGAAAAGAAGAAAAAAGACUUUGAAGAGCAGGGCAACGCAACUGUUAAAGAAAACAUUCAGAGAGAAGAACCACAGAGGAGCCCAGUGCACCUUCAAAGGAAACGCUCUGUCCCACCACAAGAGGAGAGGGCUGUGAUAAAAAAGCCUGUGACAGUUGAAAAGCCAAAAGAGGCUACAGGUCCAAAGGAUAUUACUGCAGGAGCUCAGGCAACAAGUGCCCCGGCAGCCACAUGUGACUCUUCAGAGAAUGAAGCACCUUCAUCACAGGACACUUUGGCCAAAAAGAGAAUUAAGAUGUCAAAUGGUGUAGAUGCUGCAGCAAGUAGUGGCAGCAGCAGCAACGGUGGGAACAGAGGCCACGUCAUGGGAAAUGGAGGAGAAAACUGUUAUGAUGGAGGGAUCAGUUUAGCACAGUUUCUGGCAGAAACCCUCCAGUCUCAAACUACUGAGCAAAACCAGACUUCAUCUCGUGAGGAGAAACCUAAAGAGAUGGAUACAGCUGUUGAAAAAGAUAAUAAUGACAAAGAGCAGGAAGACAAGCAUAAAAAGUUAGACGUACAGGAAAAAGUAUUGCAGGAAGAGUGUGAACAAGAGAAGAAAAUAGAAGAGGAACUGUCCUUGGAAAGAGAAAAGGAAAGAGAAAAGCAGUUUGCGAUACUGCACACAACAACUCAUGGAAAACAGGGUUCAGAUGUCAAACAUCACAGCAAGGGACAAAAGGACCAUGACCACCACAAAAUCCAGGCUUCCAUCUCCUCCAUGCUUCACACAGUUAAAGAUUUUUUCUUUGGUAAGAGUAAGAAGGACGAUCAUGAUCACACUGAGAAGGAAGACAGAGAUUUUGAGCUCUCGAAUGCAACAGAGGAGCCCUCUCACCUGGACAUGCCUCCAUCUUUUCAGCUGCGGACAGGGAACAAUCCAGAGCUGUGCGGGCAGAUCACAGGGGAAGCUGUAUCCAUGGAAGUGGAUGAACCCGAAACUCCCCUAGAAACAAUGGUUACAGAGCAGAACUUGUCACUAUCAGCAUCACUCAAGCCACUGAAGUGUGAAGACACUGCUUUGAUCACAGAUCUGCUUCAAGAUCAUGCAUUGAAACCUGAAAGCGUCGGGGAGUCCACAUCGCAGAUUCUGGUGGACUCUGGUGCUGCUGUGGAUGCCAUGGAGGUGUCAGUGGAACCAGAGAUCAGCAGCGCAGGUGAAGACAGUUCAUUAUCUCGGCCUGAAGUUAACACAGAGGGUGAAAAGAAAGACUCUGAGGCCACUUCUGCCAUAAAGAAUGUUGUGAUACAACAGCAGGAGUCAGAUGUCCUGGUAGUUCAACAACAGUCCAAUCAUCAUCCUGGAAAACAUGAGUCUUCUCCAAAGGAAACUGUCUUCCCACAAGCCCAAGCUCUUGCUCAUGAAGAAUUUUCCCUCACACCCACCAUCACGGAGUUAGACUGCUGCCAGACUCCCCCUCACAGGCACGUCUCAGCAUCAGACAGUUGUGGAGAAACCCUCAAUGAGACUUCACACACAGAGGAAACAAUUGUUGAUAUGAUGGACAACAAAGUAAAGCCUGUCACAGAAGAAGGCGGUUCCUUCAACGGGUGGUGUGAGGAAGAGAAAGCUGAAGUGAAAUUCAAAAAAGAUACAUCCCCAGAUAUAAACAGGUCUGAGAUGACAAAAUUCUCAGUGGAAGACAGAAUAGACCCAUGUGAAUCUGAAACACCAGAUCAGGUGAUUUCUUCUCUUUCAGGGGCGGCUACAUGCAGCACAGAAAUGGAUCAUGUAAAGGAAGAGACUAAAAGUACUACACUGAUUCAGGAAAUGAAUGUAGGAUUUCCGCCCACCACUGUCCCAGAGGGUUUAGAGAUGAGUGACCUAAAAAUGCAAAAUGAAUGCUCUACCUCUUUAAUUGGGGAAAUCACCGAAGCCCACAAGGGUAAACCAAUACAAGAAACCAAUUCAGCUUUUAUAAGGGGUGAGGAGAGCUGUGAAUUGAAUGAGAUGCAAAGUUCAUCCAUGGAGAAAGAUUUAGAGACAAAUUUGUGUAAUAUUUUAAAAACACAGCAGCAUACAAAUGUAGGUGGUGAAAGCACUGAGGUAUGGAAUCAGGCUGUACAGGGCAGUGAAAUUAACAUAGAAGAGGAGGACAAAUCAAAGACAUUUGCAGUUACACAAAACAGUGAAAGUAUCCCAGUGAGUAUUCCAUCAAUUCAAAUAUCAGCUAUUGAAGAUAUUCCAAUUAUUGAACCAUCUGUGCCAAAUUGGAGCGCAAAUGAACAUGUUAUAAUACCAACAAUUGAAAUAUUGGACCCUGAACUUAAGGAGUGUAGUUUGCCACUUACUAUUUUGGCAAUUAACAAGCGGGAACCAAUAAAUGUACAAAAACAGGAUGCAAUGUAUGAGUCAAAGAUAACUAUCAAAGAUGAGGGCAUGGUUGACUCUCCAGGGUUGUUCACUGCGGAGGGAAGAAUGCAGAAUAAUGAUGACCUCUCACCGACAGAGAAAGUCAAGGAAGUUGCUCAAGACAUGCGUGAGCAGAAGGAGCCCAAUGUGGAACAGAGUGAGCCGCCUCCUCAGACAGACUGUGCGUCGAUCCCUGUUAUCAACAUCUCAUGUACAGACGACACAAAGAGUGAAUAUUCACAUGAGGGCAAUGGUUUGUGUUCACAGCAGGUUUCCGAAACUCCAAGAGGGCCCCUUUUUGUGGUCCCACCAAUUUCUGUAACUUGUCAUGAAAGCGAUUCUGGGCUUAAACAGCCCGUUCACAGCGAGAGGACAGAAACAGAAACUUCAUCUGGCACGCAAAGGGGAACAAAGCAGGGUGCUGGCAGUAACAUGACCAUGAUACCUGAAAUAACUAGUCAAAGAAGACAGGACCUUGAGGAAAUAUCUGAAAAGAGUGUUAAAGGAAACACUCCAUUGGUGCCAAAUGAAACUCGUACACACAAAGUUGGUGGCAGUGCACCAUCAUUCAAUAAACCAAGAGAAGACGAUACUGUCCCUGAAACGUUGAAGCAAAAGUCCAUAAAAGAUGCCAAGACAGAGAAUUCGAUGUCUCUUGAGGAUUUCCUCAAAAACAGGCCUUCUGUUGAGAGACUAAGUUCCAAACCCCCAACAUAUCCAUCUCUAAGUCCAGCCAGUCUCCGUAAAUUUAUGUCCAAAGCUGCUCAAGAUUCAGACGAGAACGCAACUGUUCCUGGGGGCGACCGUCAGAGCGACAAGGCUGAAGAAGAUCUGAGUGGAGGUUCAACACCGACAUCAUCUCUCUCCUGUGAAAGCAGUCCCCGGCUGAAACGAAGGGACAGUCUGACACUCAUCCGGUCUGCCACCCCUGAGGAGUUGGCAUCAGGAGCUCGACGCAAAAUCUUCAUCCCAAAGGCCAAAGACGACAUAGAUGGAGUGGUUCUUGGUUUGCUUGACGGCAAGAAGGAGACUCCUUACAUGUCACCCAGCCAAGCUCGCAGGGCGGCAUUAUUGCAGGCUUCCACAGGACAAAAAACCCCACCUCUGGAGAGGCGCUCUCCACUGUUAAGUCGAAGAAGGGCCACGUUGGAGGUGCCGAAGGUAGUAGAGGACACUCCACCAGUAGAGCCCACAAGCACUAAGACAGAGGAGAAACCAGCUGAAAAGAAACUAGAUCCCCUGAAAGUAUAUAUUUACCUUGGAAACUCCAUUCCACCCACCCCUUUUUCCCCUCCACCCUCUAAUUUACCACCAGCUCCUCAGGUUAUCCGUAAGAUAAGGGGAGAGCCAUUCCCAGAUGCCUCUGGACACCUGAAGCUGUGGUGCCAGUUCUUUAACGUGCUCAGUGACUCCACCAUUAAGUGGUUCAAAGAUGAGGAGGAAAUACUAGAGGUGAAGAGAAGUGGAGGGGAUGAAAGUCAAGUUGCUCUGGCCAUUGUUCUUGCAUCUGACCAAGACUGUGGUGUGUAUGGCUGCACCAUCAGUAAUGACUAUGGGACUGACACUACUGACUUCCUGCUCAGCAUAGACAUUCUGUCUGAGAUACUACUGAAAGAGGACUUAGAAGUUGGAGAGGAGAUCGAAAUGACCCCACUGGUGUUCACCAAAGGCCUGGCAGACGCUGGCAGCUGGGGUGAAAAGUACUUUGGCCGCAUUUUAACUCAGACGCUGCAUAUGGGUGAGGGCUGCACUCACAAAGCCAGCAGGGUGAAAGUGAUCUACGGCCUAGAUCCUGUAUUUGAGUCUGGAAGCACUUGUAUCAUCAAAGUCAAGAACCCUAUUGCCUUUGGGACCAAACAGGACAGCAACCUUACAGAGAAAAAUAUGGACAUUACCAAGCAGGAAUGCAAAAUCCAAAACAUGAUCCGAGAGUACUGUAAAAUCUUUGCAGCGGAAGCAAGACUUAAAGAAAACUUUGGGCAGACUUUAGAAGUGAUUCCUCUAUACAUGAUGUACCGGCCCGCAAACUCGGUGCCAUAUGCCACUGUGGAGGCUGAUCUUACAGGCAACUUUGCUAAGUAUUGUUCAAUGGAUGCUAAAGGCAAACUGAUUAUAGGAACAGUUUCAGAGAUUGAGCUGAAAUGCAGCGCUUUCCAGCACUGGAUCCAUCAGUGGACGCAUGGCAAUUUGCUGGUCACACAGAUGGAGGGUGUUGACUCGAAGAUUACGAACAUUAAAGUUGUCUCUAAGUCUAAAGGAUAUCAAGGACUAACUGAAGAAAGCUCUUCAGAAAUAUUUGAUCAGUUCCUGACACUUCAUCAGUGUAACUACUACUGUGGACUUCUUUCCCUGCGUUCACUGAAAGCUGACAGUCUGCAGCAGCCUUCCAAGAUAAAGGGCUCCAGAAGCCCCCUGCUCAGCCGCAAGCUAGGAUCCAGCAGUCCACUGCUCCAGAGAAAAGGACAGAGCCCGCAGGUGUCUAGGAAGGCUGAUUCUAGCCCAAAGGUGACAAGAAAAGCUCAGGAUACAAAUGACAGUAAAUCAGGCAUUAAAGCCAAGCCUUCUGAAAGUAUUUCUGCUGAGAUGAGGAUAUCCUACCAUGCCGCCUGCCCAGCUCAAAGCCUGAUUGAUGAACGCCAGGAUAGCAAGAAAAGCAAUAAGAUUAGCUGCGAUAUUCGCAACAAGACCUAUUGA